AUGGAAGAGCAUAAAACAAGGCAUUUGAAUGAUUUUCUUGAAUGGAGUGACAUAGGUUUGGAGGAUUAUAUUGAACUUGUUAAAGAUUGCGAGAUCAGAUUGCGUAAUUUUUAUUCAGAAAUAAUUGGACUUACCUGCAAUGACUUUGUGAAAAUGAUAUUAAUAGAUUCUGCCUUCAUUAUUAUGGUCUUAAUGAAACACAGUCUGAAAGAAUUUCGAGGUGAGAAGAAUCCUAUAUUAGUUAAACGAAGGAUGAUAGGAGAUGGUCAUGAACAACUUUCCAUGAUUUUGCUUACCCACAAGUUCUUUUCUGAUACAUUUGGCUCAUGGGUUGCAAAGCACAUCUUGGAAAAACAUGAUUUCUCCAAAAUAGAGCAUAUGGUAGAUUUUCUAAGACUUUGUCAACAACCUCCAAAGUUGAAGAACAGAAAGAAACUCAAGAAGCUAACAAUGCCUAGUGUGGCAGAGCUCCAUCGAGCUGGUGUUCUAUUUGAGUUAGGUUCAGGCAAAAAAUUGCUCAAUAUAAAAUUCCAACAGGCCAUUUUGGAAAUUCCAUCGCUGCAAAUUGAUAACAAUACAGGGAUAUUACUGAGAAAUAUGCAGGCAUUUGAGCAAUGCCUUUGGAACCAUCAUAUCUGUGUAAGCGACAACAUUGCCCUGGUCUCUAUGCUUGCCAAGGGACCCAAGGAUGUGGAAAUACUGGCUAGAAAUGGAAUCAUAGAUAAUUGGCUAGUGAAGAGCGAAGGAGUGUCGACCCUUUUUCAAAAACUUGCACAGGAGAAUCUUCUAUUUCAUGAUGAUUUCUACUUUUCUGCUCUUGUUGAAGAUUUGAACGCAUAUUGCAAAAACCCUUGGAACAAAUGGAAGGCAACCUUGAAACAGGAUUAUUUCAAUACUCCAUGGACCAUUAUCUCUGUGAUUGCAGCUGGUAUUCUCUUGAUGCUUACAAUCGUGCAAUCUGUGUGUUCUACCCUUCAACUAGUACUAUAG